AUGGAUGAUGCGCGGUCGGGCGCCGGGCCCCGCCGGGCUCGCGACCGCCUCGGGGCGCCGUCCUCCGGGGCGCGGGCUGCGACGACGCCCUGGGCGCGCUUCUCGGCCUGGCUAGAGUGCGUGUGCGUGGUCACCUUCGACCUGGAGCUGGGCCAGGCGCUGGAGCUCGUGUACCCCAGUGACUUCCAGCUCACGGACAAGGAGAAGAGCAGCAUCUGCUACCUGUCCUUCCCGGACUCCCACUCAGGCUGCCUUGGGGACACGCAGUUCAGCUUCCGAAUCCGUCGGUGUGGAGGGCAGCGGAGCCCCCGGCCCGCCGCCGACGGGCGCUACGACGGCGAAGCCCCUGUGGCACUGCAGAGGGAGUCGGCACACUACUUUGGCUACGUGUACUUCAGGCAGGUGAAGGACAGCUCCGUGAAGAGGGGCUACUUCCAGAAGUCUCUGGUGCUGGUGUCCCGCCUGCCCUUCGUCCGGCUGUUCCAGGCGCUGCUGAGCCUGAUCGGCCCCGAGUACUUUGACAAGCUGGCGCCCUGCCUGGAGGCAGUGUGUGACGAGAUUGACCAGUGGCCGGCCCCCGUGCCUGGGCAGACCCUGAACCUCCCUGUCGUGGGAGUCGUCCUGCAGGUGCACAUCCCGUCCCGGGCAGACAGGCCUGAAUCCAGUCCUCUGAAGCAGUGCGGCCAAGAGAACCCGCUGCCGGCGCCGCUGGUCCUCGCCAGCGUCCACGAGCUGGACCUGCUCAGGUGCUUGCAGCCUGUGCUCACCCACGUGCAGACGCUGUGGGAGCUCAUGCUCCUCGGGGAGCCCCUGGUGGUGCUGGCACCCUCGCCCGCCGUGUCCUCGGAGAUGGUGCUGGCCCUGAUCAGCUGCCUGCAGCCCCUCCGGUUCUGCUGCGACUAUCGCCCCUACUUCACCAUCCACGACAGCGAGUUCAAGGAGUUCACCACACGCACGCAGGCCCCACCCAACGUGGUCCUGGGGGUCACAAACCCUUUCUUUAUCAAAACGCUUCAGCACUGGCCGCACAUCCUCCGCGUGGGGGAGCCCAAGCUGUCCGGGGGUCUUCCUAAACAAGUCAAGCUGAAAAAGCCCUCGAGGCUGAAGACCCUGGACACCAAACCAGGCCUCUACACGGCGUACACUGCACACCUGCGCCGCGACAAGGCCCUGCUCAAGCGGCUGCUCAGGGGCCUGCAGAAGACACGGCCGGCAGGGGCGCUGAGCGCGCUGCUGAGGCGGCACCUCCUGGAGCUCACGCAGAGCUUCAUCAUCCCGCUGGAGCACUACAUGGCCAGCCUCAUGCCCCUGCGGAAGAGCAUCACGCCCUGGAAGACCCCGCCCCAGAUCCGCCCCUUCCACCAGGAUGACUUCCUGUGCAGCCUGGAGCGUGCUGGGCCCCAGCUCACCUGCAUCCUCAAGGGGGACUGGUUGGGCCUCUACAGGCGGUUUUUCAAGUCCCCCCACUUUGAUGGCUGGUACCGGCAGCGGCGCAAAGAGAUGGCCCGUAAACUGGAGGCCCUGCACCUGGAGGCCAUUUGCGAGGCGAACGUCGAGACCUGGACGCAGGGCAAGUCCGAGGUGGAGGUCGUGGACCUGGUCCUGAAGCUGCGGGAGAAGCUGGUGCGGGCACAGGGCCACCAGCUCCCUGUGAAGGAGGAGACGCUGCAGCGGGCCCGGCGGUACAUCGAGACGGUCAUCGGCUCCCUGCCCAAGGACCUGCAGGCUGUCCUCGGCCCUCCCUAG